AUGAACCAGAAACCGCAGCUCACGCCGCGAGGGGCGGCGCAACCGGAGCCGACAAAGGCGGAGCUUCAGAUGGCGAAGGCGCAGGAGCUUAUGCGGAAACUGAACAGACCGGACCUGCACGCGAAGCAGCCUCCCCCGGAAAACGAUAAGAAAGAGAAGAAGGAGAGGCCGCGGCUAUCGAAUUACGAUAUGCAGCAGCUGGUGAACCCUAAUCUCUCUAAGAUGAAGGGCGCUCCGGCUUUGUCACAGAAAAUUCAGAGGCAGUCCUCUGGGAUAACGUGUCAACAGAACGCUGCGGCGUGCCAGCCGCCGCAACACGCGGCGCAGUUUCAGCAGCAAAAUAGGCCGUUGGGGCAUCACGGACCAGGAACUUCUAUGGGGGAAGCUUCCCCGCAACUUAACAAGAACACGUCGCUGCCGGUCGGGCGGAGAAACGCGGCUCCUCUGGGAGCUUCCGGUCAGCCGAUCCGAAGCAGCGCCGCCGGUAUGGUGGGCCCGAACCAGCAAGGUCGGUUCGGGGGCCCUUCGGGGCAAGCGCCCGGACCUGGAAAUUUGGGUCGGCGGGUGAGUCUUCCGGCCGGGUUUUCAGGGGAAGCUGAUGUAGGAUAUGGCUCGUUAGGGCAACUGCCGCCGCAAUUGUCGCCGCACGGGCCGCCGCAGACAUCGCCGCAAGGACCGCCGCAGCCGUCGCCGCGAAAUGCGGCCCCGCCCCCGUUGAAGAGCCCCGUGGGGGCGGGAAUGCGGUCGCCGCCCAUGUCCUCUCAGGGCGAAUUUGGGGGGGGCGGAGGAGGGGGGAUGAGCGGAACGGGGGCGGAAACGUGUUCGUUAAGCAGCAGCAGGUCACUAACGAGGAUGCUCGAAUGCAAGGAGGUUAGUGGCGAUAGUAGCCCGCGAGUUUCGGGGGGCAGGUCCACCCGGGAAGGGCAAUUACGGCCAGAAAUUCCUCGACGUGGUUCGAUUGAUGACUUGCGCUUCGGCGCGGGUUGUGGUUAUAGCGAACAGGGAGGCCCAAACCCAUCUGCGGUGAGAUACGCGGAAGACGAGGAUAUGUACGGCGUAGCAGAGUCGGCGGAAGAGGAAGAGGGGGAACAGGGGGGGGAGUGGAGUGAGCGGAGCGCGGAGGACGAGCGGAACGUCCGCGGAGCGGUGCCGUCAGGCGCUCUCAGGUCUCCGCACGAGGCCGCAUCCCCCAUGUCCUUUUCCCCGCACUGUCCGUCCCCGCAAUGCCCGUCCCCGCGCCUCCCCCCCCAGCGGCCCCGUCGGAGCGGCUCUAACGUGGACCAACUUUUAAGGACGUCCUUAGAAGACCUCCAGGCCGACUCGCGGAAUUGCAGGAGCCUCUGCAACUCCAAUAGUAGCUCGCCAAGUGUCAGCCGCUGUAACAGCGUCGACGCUCCUAACGACGUCCCCUUUGGUAGUACCGGGGAGGCUAAUAACGGGGACGGGGCAGCCGCUGCCGCGGCUCGAGGAAGGUCCAGGCUCGGCCCGAGCCGGCAAGGCAGCCUCGUCUCAGGCUCCGCCGCCGCGAUCGCCGCCGCCGCCGCCGCCGUUGGUGGGGCUGGCGCUCCGGCGGGAGUCGCGCGAGUUUCCGGCGCUCCGCAGCCCGUCGCGCUAAGCGCCGCGGCCGCGCGCAAGUCGCUCCAGAACUUGCGGAAGAACCCCGCGACCGGCGGCGGAGGCGGAGUGGCAGGGCCGGAUUUCUCGUCCUCCGCGCCGGCCGGCGCGCUUGCCGGCCCGCGAUUAGCGGCAGGACAACAGGCGCCGCCGGCUGGGCGCGGCGGAAAGGCCACAGUGGCGCGCACGCAGUCUAUGGAUUGCUCGAGCGGUGCGCAUCUGGGGAAGGUCGUACUUAAAUCCCGCGCCGCGUCAGUCGAUAUGGCAGGCGUGGCCGCACUAGCCGCCGCAGCAGUAGGGGCGGCGGCAGCGGGAACAGCGGCGGCGACGGCGGCCGGAGCGGCGGGAGCGGUAGGAGGGAAGGUUCCGAAGUCCUUCUCCGCCAGUGGCGCCGCGUCUUUCGGCGGAAAGAGCUCUCCGCACGUGACGCGUGUCGCUCGCUCGCUCUCCUCCCUCUCCGGCGAGCUCACUGCUUCGUCCGCUGCUUCUGGCGGAAAUAGCGGGAUUGGUUCCAUCGCCGCCGCGGCCGCCGCGACUGCCGCGCUAGACGACGAAGUUUGCAGUGUGGAGGAGAUCCGAUCCGCGUUUUACAAGGCCAAGGGCGGCGGAAAGGGGAUUUUAGGGUUUGCGAUGCGCGGACUGUCGCAUUUGUCGGGGAUGCUGGGAGGGGGGGGCGGCUUGACGGAAAACGUUCUGGGAAGGGAAUUUUCCGCGAUUGAGAAGAAAUAUUUCGUCAUGAUGGAUCAGGAGCUAGGGGCGGGCCAGUUUGGCGUGACGCGGAUGGCCAAGUGCAGACAAACGGGGAAGCAGUUUGCGUGCAAGUCAAUCUGCAAGGCAAAUCUCAAGCUCACUCCCCUCGCUCCUUGCACUCACUUCCCUCACCCACUCCCUUCUCUAACUCGCUCCAAUCCCUCAGUCACUCUCUCCCCUUCUCACUCCCUUCCCUCGCUCACUCACUCCCCUCACUCAAUCACUUCUCUGAAUCACUCCCUUCUCUCACUCACUCCCUUCCCCACUCUUUCCCCAUCCUGA